UAUUUAGUCUUCCAUUGGCAAUCUUUAAUGUUCUGACAGCAGUGUGUAGUCUUCUACAAGUAAUAUCUAAUCUUAUGCCAUCAGAAUCUAGUCUUUUAUUGGCAGUAUCCAGUUUUCCAUUUGAGAACUGUACCCAAGACUCAGUUACUCCUUCGUUUGAGUCCGAAUCGUUUUGUGAUCGUGCUGCAUGGAAUGCAAGAAUGGAUAUGACAAUGGAAAUAUUCAUAACCUUUCCAAAAUGGACUCGAUGCAAAAAGAUGAAUUUCUAUUUACUUAACACAUUAACUGUAUUUCAUGAAAUCGCUUAAUAACUAUGUCAAAAAAUAUUUUCAUCGAUUGAGUUAUUUAUCUAAUCUAAAAUAAAGGUUCUUGAAAAAAUUAUAAUUAAAAAUGGGCUAAAAAGUUGGUCACUGGAGUAGUCGUGUGAAAAAACCUGUAGAUAAUCCCAUUACUAACUCGAGCUUACGUACGGCUUCUUAAUUUAAUGUGAUAUAGAAUCAAGCCUUUCAUUUGUAAAAAUGGAGUCUGAUGAAAGAGACAAGGAAUGUUUAGAUUUAGAUGACCUUUUACCUGAAGUUGGGGAAUUUGGAAAAUAUCAGAAAAUCAUGUUGUGGUUGGUUUGUUUACCGGCGUGUUUUCCGUGCGGAUUCGGCGCUUUUAAUCAACUUUUCAUGUCUGAAAUUCCGGAUCAUUGGUGUUACGUUCCAGAGUUACAAAAUUUCACUGUUCAAGAACGGAUUUAUUUGGCAAUACCAAAAACGAAUCAAUCUCACAGUAAAUGUCAAAAGUAUUUAGUUGAUUGGAAUGAAAUUUUAGAUGGUUUUGAAGACGUUUUUAGUAUCCCUAUUAAUGAAAGUUGGGAAAUUGGAAAUUGUAAUUCCGGGUGGGAAUAUAAUAAAACAGAGGUUUCUUCUAGCAUAGUAAUAGAUUUUGAUCUUGUUUGCGAUAAAGAUAUUUAUCCAACUUUGGGAUUGGUUGCGUUAAAUUUGGGGGGGCCUUUAGGAGUUUAUUGUUUCGGAAUCUUAAACGAUCGAAUCGGAAGAAAGAAAUCAUUCUUUUUAUGUUUAACAACUUUAAUUUUUGGUGGCAUUUUAACAGCCACGGCACAAAACUUUUGGUGGUGGGCGGGAAGCCGAGUUAUUGUUGGCCUCACAAUCCCGGCCAUUUAUCAAAUACCAUUUAUAAUAUCUUUAGAAUUAGUUGGUCCUAAUUAUCGCUCUUUCGUCACAGUUUUAACUUGCAUGUUUUACACGUUUGGAUUAAUGCUACUUUCGGGGGUAACUUAUUUAAUAAGAGAUUGGGUCCAACUUGCUUAUACAACAACUAUACCGUUCUUUUUGUACUAUAUUUAUUGGUUUUUCUUGCCGGAAAGUCCUCGUUGGUUGCUGGCUAGAGGAAAAUUCGUUGAAGCGUCAAAUAUUUUACAAACAUUAGCAAGAGUUAACAAUAAAGAUUUACCUGAAAGUUUUACUUACAAAUUAAAACAAAGAAUUUCAAGAGCUAAUGCAAGCGAAGAAUCUCUCUACACUAAACAACCUAAUAUUCAAUCUUUGUGUGGAACUCCGAAUAUGAGACUAAAAACGUGUUUGAUUACUCUAAAUUGGUUUGCUAAUGAAACUGUUUAUGUUGGGUUAAGCUAUUAUGGACCAUCACUUGGAGAUAAUCAGUAUUUAAGUUUUUUGUUGUCUUGCGUUGUUGAAAUUCCGAGUUAUUUCGCUUGUUGGAUCAUUAUGGAUCGAUGGGGGAGAAGAUGGCCUCUUUGUCUCUGCAUGAUUAUAAGCGGAGUUAGUUGUAUUGCUACAGUUUUAAUACCACCGGAAGAUCAUGUAACAACUUUAGUAUUAUUUUUAAUUUCAAAAUCAGCAAUUUCAGCUUCGUUUCUUAUCAUUUAUCCUUUCGCUGGGGAAUUAUAUCCAACUCAAUUAAGAGGAAUUGGAAUAGGAACUUCUGCUUAUAUUGGAGGUUUAGGUUUGAUUGUAAUCCCAUUCAUAACAUAUUUAGGAUCUGAAAUGUUAAUUUUGCCGUUAAUAAUCAUGGGAAUUUUAUCGGUUAUUGGAGGAUUAUCAGGGUUACGGCUCCCAGAAACUCUUCAUUAUAAACUUCCUCAAACUGCUGAAGAAGGAGAAGAGUUUGGAAAAGAUUUUACAGUUGAAGAUUGUUGUAGAUGCAUUCCUUUGAGACCAGAAUAUCCAAAAUCUUGUUCCUAUGAAGCUUUAGAAUUACAUACUUUAAAAGAAGAUGAUGAAACGGAUCUAGUUAGGAAAGUUUCUAUAAAAAGAUUGGCUCGACAAAGCAGUGUUAUGGACACCCCAAAAGAUGUUGAUGGUACAAUGAAAAUGACUUAUUGGUUUUAAUUUAAUUAUAAAUUUAAAAAUAAAUAAAUAAUCGUUAA